AUGGCGUCCUCGAACACUCAAUUGCUUUACGCCUGUAUUGCUCAUGGUAACACAAUCCUCACUGAACACACCUCGCCAGGCGCCUCCUCAACUUCCGCCUCAUCCUUAGCAUCCCUGAUCCUCCCCAAGAUCUCCCAUUCUUCACCGCAGAAGCUCACCUACACCCAUGAUCGACUGUUUGUACACUACAUUGCAGACUCUCCAUCAUCAUCAUCCAACGCGCCAGAUGAAGAGCUCUCUAGCCACGCUGCUCUUACAUAUUUGACUGUGGCGCAGGCUGAUGUUGGACGCCGGAUUCCGUUUGCAUUUCUACUAGAAUUGAAGAAGAAGUUCUUGGCCCAGUAUCCGCCCGAGAAUACAAACUUUCAAGCACUACCACCAUAUGGCUCUGCAGCCUUCAACACCACCCUGAGGUCAAUGCUCAGUACCUACAACACUGCGCCACCUGCAGAUGCACUCAGCAAUGCUAAACGAGAGAUUGAUGAUGUGAAGCAUAUCAUGACUGAGAAUAUCGAAAGAGUGCUGGAAAGAGGCGAGAGGAUCGAUCUUCUGGUGGACAAGACCGACAGAUUGGGAGGUAGCGCAAGGGAUUUCCGAGUCAGAAGCCGCGGCUUGCGGAGGCAGAUGUGGUGGAAAAACGUCAAGAUCAUGGUGCUCCUCUGCGUCGUUGUCGUCUUUUUGAUGUACCUCUUUGUAGGUAUGGGUUGUGGUCUACCAGCUUGGGGGAAGUGCGUUGGCUAG